AAAACAUUUCGUCACUUCCUUUUUAUGUCCACAUGUGAUCGAAGGAAUAUCAGACAGAAUGGCUCACUACAAUUUUAAGAAAAUUACGGUCGUUCCUCCUGCAAAGGAUUUUGUGGACAUUGUGUUAUCGAAGACCCAAAGGAAAACUCCAACUGUGGUGCAUAAACAUUACAAAAUCAGCAGAAUUCGGACGUUUUAUAUGCGAAAAGUGAAGUUUACACAGCAAACUUUUCAUGACAAGUUGACUCAAAUCAUAACAGAUUUCCCGAAACUCGAAGAUGUUCACCCCUUUUAUGCGGAUUUAAUGAAUGUUUUGUAUGACAAAGAUCAUUACAAACUUGCAUUGGGUCAGAUCAACACAGCCAGGCAUUUGAUUGACAAUGUCUCCAAAGAUUACUGCCGCCUUCUCAAAUAUGGAGACUCUCUCUACAGAUGUAAACAACUAAAGAAAGCAGCCAUGGGUAGAAUGUGCACUAUUAUGAAACGCCAGAAGCAGAGCUUGGAAUAUUUGGAGCAAGUCCGCCAGCAUUUGUCGCGUCUGCCUUCCAUUGAUCCAAACACCCGCACCUUGUUGAUCUGCGGUUUUCCAAAUGUUGGCAAAUCAAGUUUCAUCAACAAGAUCACUCGGGCUGAUGUAGAAGUUCAGCCUUAUGCCUUUACCACUAAAUCGUUGUAUGUGGGUCACACUGAUUACAAAUAUCUUCGAUGGCAAGUGAUUGAUACACCAGGAAUUCUGGACCAUUCCUUGGAAGACAGAAAUACCAUUGAAAUGCAGGCCAUUACAGCUCUGGCCCAUCUUCGUGCAGCUGUCCUGUACGUCAUGGAUCUUUCUGAACAGUGUGGAUAUUCCAUAGAACAACAGAUAGAACUUUUCAGUAACAUAAAACCACUCUUUGUAAAUAAACCACUGAUCAUUUGUACCAACAAGAUUGAUGUCAUUCGCAUUGAAGAUCUGCCUACAGAAAAGGCAGAGCAAUUUCAAGUGUUUGAAGAAAAUGAAAUUCCUGUUCUACCCAUGAGCACACUGACAGAGGAAGGUGUUAUGGAUGUUAAAAUCAAGGCUUGUGAAAAAUUGCUUCAGUACAGAAUUGACAGUAAAAUUAGAGGAAAGAAAGUAAAUGAUGUAAUGAACCGACUUCAUGUCGCAAUGCCAGCAAAGCGUGAUAACAAGGAUAGACCCCCGUGUAUCCCAGAAGCUGUACUGAAUAUAAAGAAAACCAUGGACACAGAUGUGAAAUCCAAGCGAAAACUGGAAAGAGAUAUUGAAAUGGAAGAAGGAGAUGAGUACAUCCUUGAUUUGAGAAAACACUGGGAUCUGGAAAAUGAAGAAGAAAAGUAUGAUGUUGUACCUGAAAUCUGGCAGGGCCAUAAUGUGGCAGACUUUAUUGAUCCCGAAAUCAUGAAGAAAUUGGAUGAAUUAGAAAAGGAAGAAGAAAUGAGAGAACAAGCUGGAUAUUAUGACAAUGACAGUGAGGAAGAGGAUGAGGAGAUGCAAGAAGUUAGAAAAACAGCCCGGAAGAUCAGAGAGAAAAAAAACCUAAUAAUGCUGGAGUCCAAAGAAAAGAAGAGGAUAGAGAAACCCAGAUUACCGAGAAUGAAAAUGAGCACAAAGAAAAUGAAUAGAGAGCUGGGAGCUCUUGGCAUAGAAAUGGACUCAGAUGAGGACACACAUCUCAACCAAAUGCGAUCUAGAAGCAAGAGCAGAAAAGCCUUGAAACGAAAGAGGGAAGAAUCCAUGGAUGUAGACAAACCAAGAUCCAGGAGUCGAUCAAUGAGCAAAACACCUCGUGAUCAGUCAGGAGUCCGGGAUUCCAAGAUGGCCAAGAAAGUGAAGACCAUUGGCAGGAAGGCUCAAGUGCCACGAAAUCGUGAAGCUAAAAAGGGAGAGGGUGAUCGUGUCAUUUUGAACAUGAAACCCAAACAUCUUUUUGCUGGAAAACGCAAAGGAGGAAAAACUGAUAGGCGAUAAAAUGAUGCACUUCUUAGAUAAACUGAUUAUGAGUAGUUUUCUUGAAUGUUUAAACAUCAGGUUCUGAUAUUAUUGUGAAGUUUGGUACUGUAUUAAAGUUGUUAAGAGCCA